GCAAAGCAACUUGAAAUUACAUUUUGAAUUUUAUUUCACUUUCAGGCAGAUUUUAAGAAAAUAUCAAAAUUUCCGUUUUCGAUGGAAGAAUUGGAGGUAAAGAGCGAGGAGGAGAGGGAGACCAUCCCAAUUAAGAUUGGCAUAAUUGGGGAAGCCAAUCUGGACAGGCCCAUCUAUUUGGCAGAGCGCAUGGAAUAUGCUGUCUGCACGCCCUUCGGAAAACCAUCGGAUGUGAUCAUAGAUGGGCAGAUAGAAGGCGUGAAUGUGUCUCUCUUAUCGCGAAAUGGUCGAAACCACGACAUCAUGCCGAGCAACAUUAACUACCGGGCUAAUGUGUGGGCCAUGCGUAAGAUGGGGUGCACCCACAUCCUAGUGACCAAUACGUACAGCUCCCUGAGGGAGAACUUUCAACCAGGACAUCUUGUUGUGCCCCACGAUGUGAUCGAUAAUACGACAAGGCGGGCCCAAACCUUCUACGACGGUGCUGUUGGGAGUCCUUUGGGCGUCUGUCACGUUCCCAUGAAUCCUGCCUUCUGCGAACGCACUAGGCAGCACCUCCUGAGUGCCGCUAAAGAGCUGGAGUUCCCCACCCGAUACAGUGGUACGGUUCUCACCCUCGAAGGACCUCACUACUCCACGGUUGCCGAGAACAAUAUGUUCCGCAAGUGGGGCGCCGAUCUGCUGAGCAUGACCCUGUGUCCCGAGGCCACUUUGGCCAAGGAGGCCGGCAUCCUCUACGCCUCCUUGGGCCUGGUCACCAACAUGGAGUGCUGGUGCGCCCAGCAGCCGAACGCAACCACACACGAAAUAUUCUACAUCUUCAAGAAGCAAUCGGAAAACCUCCAAAAGGUCCUGACCACGGCCAUUAAAACAAUAGCCGCAGAGGAUUGGGCUGAGGAUAUAUUGAAGGCAAAGAUUCUUGUUUGCAGUAACUUCGCAAAUAACAAAUAAUAACAUGAGCAUUUUUUAAAUAUUUCGUUUCCAAAUUAAAAUGUAACUAAAUUUGUAAGUACAAGCCGUUUCAGUUAUUUUUAGAUAUUUAUCAGAUGAAAAUUAAAACAUCUUGGAUAUUUUUCACAAGUAUAUGCCUUAAAACUGUAGCAUAGAUUACACAAUUAAAUCUUCUUAAAAAUUGUAAA